CAUAUUGUUGUUGUAGUUUUGCUGGCUACAAUCAAGACAUUACGCGAAAAUACAAAACAUUUUAACUACGCCUUUUAAGAAAGGAACAACAACACGGAUUUAGAAAAAUAAAUUUCCUUAAAAACGUAAAAACAACCUAAAACUCUAUUUUGGCGUACCAAAAAGCAAUUCCACGUCGUAGUUUUGGUAGCAGUUUAUGCCUUUGUUUUGUUUUAUUGGUGGUUGCGUUUAUUAUAUACUCUAAGUAAGAUAUAAAAUAUACCAGUUGUAUUGAAGAUAUAAAUCUAUAAACAUUGUCGAUGAUGAGUUUACUUUUUCGGCCAGAUAUGGAUGCUGGUGAAGUCUUUGUGAAUUUUAACCAAAAUAUAACAUCUCUAGCUGUGGGUACCAAAUCGGGCUACAGUCUAUACAGUCUAGGAUCUGUAGAUAAUACCUUAGACAAAAUCUACACAUGCCCAACUGAGGAAAUAUUUCUUAUUGAACGUCUUUUUGAAAGUUCUUUGGUAGCUAUCGUUUCGCAAAGAGCUCCCAGAAAAUUGAAGGUCUGCCAUUUUAAGAAACAAAGUGAAAUAUGUAAUUACUCCUACUCCAAUUCAAUAUUAGCGGUAAAAUUAAAUCGAGAACGUUUGAUUGUGUGCCUGGAAGAAAGUCUUUAUAUACAUAACAUACAGGAUAUGAAAGUAGUCCAUACCAUACGCGAUACACCAUGUAAUUCAACUGGUUUAUGUGCACUAAGUUCUUCUUCGAAUCAUUGUUAUUUGGCAUAUCCGGGUAGUGUAAACUCUGGAGAAGUGCAGAUCUUCGAUGCCAUCAAUUUACAUGCUAAAACAAUGAUACCAGCUCACGAUAGUCCUCUAGCUGCAUUAGCUUUUAGUCCUUCGGGUACAGAAAUUGCAACGGCAAGUGAAAGAGGCACUGUAAUUAGGGUUUUUUCGUCGCUAGAUGGCUCUAAGCUGUUUGAAUUGAGACGAGGCCUUAAACGAUGCGUUUCCAUAGCAUCGUUGUCGUUUAGUACAUGUGCUGAAUAUCUGGUCUCAAGCUCUAAUACUGAAACCAUACACAUCUUCCGUUUGGAUCGCAGUUCUACGGAGAGUAAUGAUACCAAACCAAGUUCUGAUGAUUGGAUGGGUUACUCGUUUUUUAGAUUCCUUAGCAAGACUGUAUCCAGCUAUUUGCCAACCCAGGUUACAGAUGUCUUUACUCAGGGACGUGCAUUUGCUUCGGUGACUUUGCCCGAGGCGGGUAUAAGACGUAUGUGUGCCAUAUCGAAAAUUCAGAAACAAUUGAGGCUUUUGAUAGCUUCACAGGAUGGUUAUUUGUAUGUAUAUUCUGUGCCCUCUGUUGAAGGUGCCGAAUGCCAGUUGAUUAAAAAACAUGAUCUACGACUAGACGACUGCUAUGCUAUUGAUGUUCGAGUUUCACCAUCUUUAGGUGUUUCAGCAGCAACGGGUGCUACCGCUGCCAAUACAUCGCCCAGCUCUUCGGCGGGCGCGUCCUCAAGCAAAGACGAAGCCGCCAACGCCGCCGCCGCCAAAUCAUCGCCUUCAUCCAACAGUUAUGCUGCAACAGUAAAAACUGAUGGACAAUCUAGCAACGCGUCAUCUUAAAUCUUAUAAAUUUUUUAAUUACAUUCAAUAGAAUAUGUAUACCAUAUAUAUAUAUUUCGAUUUGCUAGGCAUCAUCAGUGAGUGGUCUCCGUGGUAUAUAAACAUUAAUGACAACAAAGAAUAAAUACUUAGUAACUUAUCUGCCCUUUUCUAACGAUGUACAUGGUUCUUAUGUAUUCCAAAUAAGUUAUGCUUCACGCCUGUUUUUUUUUUUUUGUAUUGAAAUUUUCUAUAAUUUUUCCCUAAGAAAAUCGAUUUGGGCAUAAUAAAGGUUUGUGAGUGAGGUUUUCUAUGUAGUUCAAUAUUAAAAAUGUUGAACGCCCAUAAUGCUUUCAUUAGCGUAAUUUUUUGUCUUAUGAAUUACACGUAAUUUUUUUUUUUCAUUUAUCAUUUCUGAAAAUUAACUCGUGUAAAAUGGUUUUAAUACUAUUUUCUAAGACUAUUAUUAUUUUAAGUAUAGGUUUCUUAUUUGCAAUAAAUUUAAAAGAAAAUCUAUAGAGUUUGUGAGAUUUUUUUUAUUUUUAGUUUUUUUUUUUGAAUUUUUUUACAGCGACCAGUAAAAACUUUAUUCAUUCAUAUUAAAAAGUAUAUAUGUAGAUUCUAUACAAUACAUACUACAUAUGUUUAGCAUAUCCCCAAAUCCAUACCCACCAACCAAAACACAGAUCUACACAUUUUAAAUUUUAAUUCAUAAUUUAAUUCCCAUGUAAAUUAAAACAAUUGCAGCGCCAUCAAGAAACAAGAUAUAAAUAAACAUUAUAAUUGUUUGGAAUAAAACGAAUGUUAUUUAA